AUGGUCAAAUCUUAUAAUCGUUAUGAUCAAGAAAAAUGUUUUGGUGUAAUUACAUCCCAAGCAAACAUUGUUUGGUUACCACCAUCAGAAACCCAAUCAUCAACAUCAAUGGGACGAGCCUUGACUUCGGGAUUAGAAGAAAUUUUAAUUUGGGACAUCAAGACUGGAGAAAUUAUGAAUCGAAUGAGUGAUGGAUUAACUCCUGGUAGCUCUAAUGCAUCUACUACGGUUCCACCUUCACCAGUGAGCUAUUUGACAUAUCACCAAGAAACAAAUAUCAUUGCUGCUGGGUAUACCGAUGGAUCAAUCAAAAUUUGGGACAUUAGUUCAAAUUCGGUGAUUAUUAACUUUGAGGGACACAACUCAUCAAUCACCCAAUUAAAAUUUGAUAAAAACGGUACGAGAUUAGUAUCUGGGUCUAGUGACUCUUCAAUAAUUAUGUGGGAUUUAAUUGGAGAAGUGGGGAUGUUCAAAUUAAAGGGCCAUAAGGGUCCAAUUACUGGUCUUGAAUUAUUAUCAGAACAGCAAAAUACACAGCAAGAUGGCGACAAUGUUGACGACGUUGAUGAUAUGGAUGAUUACUUGGUCAGUGUAUCUAAAGAUGGAUUAAUUAAAUUAUGGGAAUUGAAAUCUCAACAAUGUAUAGAAACUCAUUUGGCUCAUUCUAAUGAAUGUUGGGCAAUGGGUAUAAAUCCAACAAAAGAUAUGUUGAUAACAAGUGGCAAUAAAGAUCAAGUUAAAGUUUGGUCCUUGGAUCUUUCUCUUGAGGAUGGAUUGAAAAUCGGCGAACGUGGAUCUUUCGAAAAGACAAGUAAAUCAAGAAGCAAUGAAAUUGCCUUUAAAUCUUUGAAAUCUUCUUCAUCUUCAGCUUCAUUGAUUCAGUUAUUUUCUAUUCAGAAUGCUGAUCGAACAAUGGAGAUAUUCAGAAUCAGGUCGGAAGAUGAAAUCAAACGUGGUAUCACUAAAAGAACCAAACGUUUGAAAGACAAAGGAUUGGAUGAACAAGAAAUAUUAGAGUCUUUGCAAAGUUCAGAAAUAAGUAUGUUGAUUACACCAUUUACCACAAUGAGGACCAUGGCCAAGAUAAAAUCUGCUUGCUGGACCAAUAACAUUAAGAAAUUGGAUAUAUUGAUGUCAUUAACCAAUAAUAGUAUUGAAUACCAUACCAUACCAGUUCCAGAGACCCCUAAAAAGGCUCAAUCAGCAGAUUUAUAUUCUGUAAAACAGCAUACAAUUGAUUUAUUGGGUCACAGGUUCGAUAUUAGAGCCAUGGAUAUUUCCCCACAAGACAACAAAUUAUUGGCUACUGCAUCUAACGGAGAAUUGAAAAUUUGGAACACCAGAUCAUAUAAUGUGAUUAGAACAUUUGUUUUAGAAGGUGGUUAUGCUUUAUGUUGUAAGUUUCUACCAGGUGGGACAUUAAUUGUUGUUGGUUUCAAAAAUGGGGAUUUAGAAUUGUAUGAUUUAGCUACGUCAUCGUUAGUGGAUAGAGUAGAAAAAGCUCAUAGCGCAAUAACUGUUGGUGGUGCUGCUCCUUCUAAUGACGACUCGGCCGCCAUUUGGUCGCUUGAUAUAACUCCAGACGGGAAAACUUUGGUUACAGGUGGUAAUGACAAAUGUGUUAAAUUUUGGAAUUUCAAAGUUGAGCAAGAUAUUAUACCAGGAACCAACACCACGGUUUCUCAUUUGAAAUUUGUUCAUACUCAAACAUUGGAAUUAAAUGAGGAUGUUCUUUGUGUCAGAAUAUCUCCAGAUGCUAAAUAUUUAGCUAUUUCAUUAUUAAAUAAUAACGUUCAAGUUGUGUUUUUAGACACUUUAAAAUUAUUCCUCACAUUAUAUGGACAUAGGUUACCGGUGUUGUCAAUCGAUAUAUCACAUGAUUCCAAACUUAUAAUUACUUCAUCUGCUGAUAAAAACAUCAAGAUUUGGGGGUUAGACUUUGGUGAUUGUCAUAAAUCAAUUUUUGCUCAUCAGGAUUCAAUUAUGAACGUUAGGUUUAUUGGUGAUACCCAUAAUUUCUUUUCCAGUGGGAAAGAUGGCUUGAUCAAGUAUUGGGAUGGGGACAAAUUUGAAUGUAUUCAAAGAUUACCUGCUCAUCAAAGCGAAGUAUGGUGUAUGGCCAUUAGUGACGACGGAUUGUUUAUGUGCUCAACUUCACAUGAUCAUUCGAUUAGAUUAUGGCUGGCUACUGAUGAUCAAGUAUUCUUAGAGGAAGAAAAAGAGAAGGAGUUGGAUGAGAUUUACGAGAAUAAAUUAUUAGAUCAAAUUGAUGGAGUCGACGGCGAAGAUCACACGAAUAUGAAGGAUGACAAUGACGAGGAAAUUGAUGAAGCCACCAAGGUAAGUAAACAAACCAUGGAAACAUUGAAAGCAGGUGAGAAAUUAAUGGAAGCUUUGGAUAUUGGUGUUGAAGAUAUCGAAGCAAAUAAGGAGUAUUUGUCAUUGGUUAAACAGGGCAAGCAAGCAAUUAAACCUACACCAAACUCGAUACUAUUGGCUUUCAAUAUGACUGCUAGUCAAUAUGUUCUUAAUGUGUUGAGCAAAAUAAGACCCGCACAACUAGAUGAUGCAUUAUUGGUAUUACCGUUUUCAUACUCGUUGAAAUUGCUACAAUUUAUUGAAAUUUGGACCAAUAAAGAAAAUAUAACACAAAAUGUGGUGAGCAUUUCAUUGAUUUGUAAAGUGUUAUUUUUUGUCAUUAGUUCUAAUUCGAAAGAAUUGAUCAGUCAAAAGGAUCCACACUUAAAGAAUCAAUUGAUAAAAGUGAAAGAGCAAUUAAGACAAGAGUUACUGAAGACAAGUAAUCAAUUGGGAGUUAAUACUCAAGGUUUGAAAUUCGUUAAAAAACAAUGGAAGUUACAGCAUGCUAGUGAAUUCAUAGAUGAAGAAGAGCAAAGACAAUACGAAGAAAAAAGAGCAAUCAAGAGAACUUAUACUACUAUAUAG